AUCCAGCCUCCCUCCCCUUGGCCGUGCCUCCCCGGCGCUUGUCGUACAGCCCCAGUGCCGGCAGCGCGGCGCACGGGCGCUGCUGCUGCGCGGGGAGCGCGGGGCGGGCCGGGGCCAUGAUCCAGCCGCGCUGCGCGCCCACCUCCCGUAGCCGCACCGCCGCACGGCUGCCCUAGAGCCGCUCCCGGCACAGCGCAGGCUUCCCAGCUGGCGGGCAUGGGGAACCAGGUGGAGAAGCUGACCCAUUUGAACUACAAGGAAGUUCCCACGGCUGACCCGACUGGCAUGGACAGAGAUGAAGGACCCAGGAUCGGGGUUUCCUACAUCUUUUCGAAUGAUGAUGAUGAGCUGGAACAGCAGCAGGAUUCAGUGCAGGACCUCGGGGGUGAGCACCCUGCCCUGCAGCCCUACGAUCCCCAGCUGCACGAGGUGGAGUGCUCAGUCUAUUACCGGGAUGAGUGUAUUUACCAGAAGAGCUUUUCUGAGGAGGACACACUGCCAGAGGAGGGCGAUGAAGGCAGUGGGGGCCAUCUAAGCACCUACACCCCAGAGAACCUGCUAAAUAGAUGCAAACCGGGUGACCUGGUGGAGUUCGUGUGCCAGGCCCAGUAUCCACAUUGGGUAGUCUACGUUGGCGAUUUUCAAGUUGUCCACCUGCACAGGCUGGAGGUGGUGAACAGCUUCCUCACCGAUGCCAGCCAGGGCAGACGGGGCCGCAUUGCCAACCAGCUGUACCGCUACAAGCCUCUCAGCCCUGCCGUGGUGGUGCGCAAUGCUCUGGAGCAGGUGGGUUGCAAGGACCGGGACCUGAGCUGGAGAAACUCAGAGUGUUUCGCUGCCUGGUGCCGGUAUGGCAAACGGGAGUUUAAAAUCGGCGGGGAGCUGCGCAUAGGCAAGCAGCCCUACCGAUUGCAGAUCCGGCUGGGUGACAAGCGCAGCCACACGCUGGAGUUUCAGAGCCUAGAGGAUCUGAUUAUGGAGAAGAGGAGAAAUGACCAGAUUGGUAGGGCUGCUGUGAUCCAGGAGCUCUCAAGCCACCUGCAAGCUGCAGAGGAGGAGGAAGAGGAGGAGGAAGACCAUCAUCGUCAUCCAGGUGCUCAGACUGCUGUGGAGUAGCAGCCUCAGCACCACCAUGAUGCUUAGCCUGGGUGAUUGGGAUUAAAACUGAAGGCUGCGAAAUUGAGCUGUUAUAAGCCCUUUGGGCUGCUUCGGUGCAGCUUCAUUCCAAUCACAUGUGAAAGGAAGGGGGAAAGCUGAUUAAGUGUCUGUGCUUUAGUGCUUAACUCCUUCAGUGCUUGAUGAUAAAACCAGUGACUUAUUUGUAGAGGAUAAAACUCAGGGCAAUUCUAACCUUCUCCGCUCCUGCCUUUUUUCCUUCUCUGCCUUCUGGGUGCAUAGCCUUUCCCUCAGCCAUCUGCCAGUAGGUCUGGCCCUACAAGAUGCUAAAUGCCUUUGACAUCUACUUGUCAGCCAAAGUUAAGAGUAUUUAAUACUUUUAAGAAGGAGUCAACAACUUUCAGGAUGCGGCCAUGCAGCUCAGAAGCGGAUUUAAUACUUUUAAGGAGGGGUCAACAACUUUCAGGACGUGGCCAUGCAGCUCAGAGCUAGAAGUGUGAGGAUGUUUUCCCCUCUUCCCUGAUUCUCUUCUGUUGUGGCUCUUGUUGGUAUUGCAACAAGCUGCCUACUUGACUGGUGCAAGGCUUCAUGAUCUGUAGCUAGCUCCCUGGAAGGCGUAAGGGAGAAAUCACUGAUUGCUUCGUGAUCUGUAGCUAGUCCCCUGGAAGGUGUAAGGGAGAAAUCACUGUUUUUAGUAAAAUGGGUUUGCUAUGUUGUCUUAAUUGAUAGGAAUUCCUCCUUUAAUAUCAGUGUGUGGCUUUGAGGACUGAGGAUGUAUUUAUUGCUGACCAGUCCCAGGGGAGGAGGAAGUUUACCACCCUGAUUAAAGAGUCUGUGCAUUGGUGCAUGCUGAGAUUCUUACAAGCAGAUACCAAGCUAUGCCAGCGCUUUUUGCAAGCUUCCUAUUCUCCCUGAAAGCCAGUGGCAGAGCUCCCAAUUACAUUUGUGGUACACAUCAAGGCAGCAGAAGCAGGUUGCACAUGUGUGAGAAUAAGUUUUGAGUAAACUGGCCCUUGAGAGAGUAUCCCCUUGGCUGGGUGCUCCUGGUUAUGAGCAUGUCAUAGGUUUGGCACUGCAGUAAACACAGCUGUGAUUGGGAAGGAGCAGAGGCUGGAAGGCAUCACAGGCAGGGGAUUUUUGAGUGUUUAUUUUUCCUUACUGUGAGGCAAUUUCCUCUUCGUUAGAGAUUCUGUGUUUCCUUUUUUAGCUAAUUUUUGUGGUAUGAAGCUGAGCUAUAGCAUUAGAGAAAAUGAGAGGACAUGCCUAGAAAGUUGUUGCACAAGUCCUCUGUUAAACAGAUGGGAGGUGGAGUGUGGUGCUGCCUGCCUUCACUAUUCACUGAACUUGUUUUCGGCUCUUGAACUGGACUCCUGUGCUGCACUGUCAGGUCUUUGUCCUGGGAUCUGCAGUGUGUGAACAAACACUGAUUUGGAGGCAGUUUCUAAUGCAAAAUUCCUUCCCCUUAAAGCACAAUAAUGAUGAGGUGAACAUAAAGAUAAGCUUCAGUUCAUGUAAAUAAUGGAAACUAACUGUGAUGUAAUUUGACGCAUAGUUAAUACAGUCUUCCCCACAGUUGCUUACUGUUAUACCACAAAUAGUAAAGUACUCUAUGUCCUUUCCUCCUCUGAGAUGGGGAAAAAAAUGUCAUUUGAGAGUAGGUAGAUACCAGCUUUUGGUUACUUAAGACUACAUGAAGCAGUUUUGCCGUAUUUUUGUGUUGUGCUUUCUGCCUAAAAUACACAAGCUGGGAAAGAGCCAUGAAAGGCUACAUUAUCCUCAACUUUGGGAAGAAAAAUAGCUUUUAGGGUUAUGCAAAAUACACCACAUACAGUUUCCUUAACACUCAUGUUCUCGUUUUGGGCUGUGAAAUACCCAAAUCCAAAGGAGAGUUUAGCACCAAGCUCCCUUAGAGUGCUAUAGCUCAGGUGUCUGCACUAAGUUGUUUUUUUUCCCUCUGAUAUGCAAUGGAGUUAAACUGAAGUUACUGCAGUUGUCAAGCAGAUGUGCAGCCUUGCUGUGAGAGCAUGAACUCAUAUGUAACUGUAGUAGGGUUAAUAUGUGGAUGUCUGCACACAUUUUAUACAACUACCAGUAACCACCACUAGAAAUGAUCACUAAAAUAGUCCAAAAAAGAAUGAAGGAGAAUCUCUCUGUUGUAUUGGCUGAUACAACCGAGAUUAUCUAGACAGUGAGUAAAUGUCUGGCUGUGGUUUCUUUCCGACUGAAACCUUGUACAUAACAAAGUUUAUUUCACUGUGUAAUAUAGGUAUGUAAAAUACUAUUUUCUUACAGAUAUUUUUGAAAGUUAAAAAACAAAAUCCCUUCAUAACCUUGCCCAUGAAAGUAAGUUGGUAUGCACGUUGUAUUCCAGCCCUCCGAAUGGAUUUAUUUUUCAUUAGUGAUCUAAAGUAUAUUCUAGCUCAUAAAGUAUGGAAACUGCUGUAAGUGUCAAAUAUUAUGUAUCUACAGGGUACUAAACAGUAAACUAGUUGUGAAAAUAUUUUCCCCUCGUGUCUGAAAUGUCACAACUGUGACACUUGGCCAUUCCUCACCUUCUGAGAUAUCCUGCAUAGUCUGGCUUUGUUUUCUGUUCCUUUUUCCAUUUUUUGUUUAAAAAAAAAAAAAAAAAAGGACCAAAUCUGCUUGGGAAUGGAGAGCAAAGCUUCUUUAACCAACUGAAAUCAUGUUUUGUGCUGGUCUUGGUGCUUCUCUGUACCGGUCAUGCCUUUUGGGAUAAAUUCUCACACAGGCACAGGGCUUUAGCUGGGAAUCCUGGAGCUUGCUUUGACUUGCUAGGAUGGAGAGUUAAGGGGGGAGCUUGUCUCACAGUAAAAGCAAUCUCUUGCAUAUGUUCUGCUGUGCUAUAAAACUGAUGUGCUUCUCUGACUCCUGGGAUACAGGUGUUCAGUACUUAAAACACAGAUACUUGGAGUCUUUAAAUUUCUUUGCAAGCUGUGCUUGGAGAUUUAUUCUGUCUCCUGGCAUUCCAUUGUAUGUAAAAGUAGAAGAGGGUGAGGAAGCCUGGCAUUUUUUUAUUUAGCCUAGAGGAAGGCUGCCUCCAUACAGGCAUUCCUUAUUCCAGCAGAUAAAGAAUCUUUAUCAGGCAGGGCCUUUUUCCCUACCUGUUGACUAGGCAGUGUUAUUUAAUAGGUGCUACUAAACACCACUGCAAAUAUUUCUAAGCAGUUUGGUUUUAAAGCCAUGAGCCCAUAACAACCUGGAUGUGAGAACUCAAAUUGCUGUAGAAGCACAUCAGAACUGCUUAGUGUCUUCUUGUCGCUGUACUUAGCUGCUGUCUCCAGACUAGACGGGGAUUUCUAGAGCUUGAUUUUGAAGAAAAAGGUCUCCCAGAAAAACAUGGGCUCAUGUCUACUUCAAGACUUUUGUGAAGAUUACAAAAGAGAAGGUACAAGAAUAGAUAACAAAUGCUCUUCUCUUCAGUUUCUUCUUCAGCAUACAGAAAAUCAGGUGUGAUCACUCUGCAGAACUUCUGGAUCAGCAAAGGUCCUAAGCCUAUAGUGAAGUUUGAAGUUGCAAGUAGACCCUGAAAGUCAGUUAGGCUAUUCAUGUGCUUGAAGUUAAGUGUAUAUUUACAUUUCUUUGUGAAUAAGGGCCUGGAAUUUCAAGCCAAGUUAUCUGGUGGAAGUGUGGAGGAUCUGAGGUUGCAUAAUCACCACGGGGAGAACAAAUAGAGCUGUGAAAGCUGUUUCUCAAAGGGCCUCUUGUCCAAAUAAGUCUCAUGGAAUCCAGCCCAAACUUUAGCCUCAGUUUCCCCCUGGAAAUCCAGGAGCUGUGCUGAUUUCAGCUGCACUGAUUUUUGGUGAGAGAUGUGUUACACAGCAAUUGUAAACUAAGCUGAUGAUUGUGCUUCAGACUGUCUCUGACAUUUUUGUCAUGUCUUGUCAUGCUUGAACUUUCCCUUGAGUUUUUAACAUUUAAAGUUAAUAUUGUUUGUUUUAAAAGCCCUUUUAUUGUGCAAACACUUAACCACCUAUAUGAAUUUACUCGUUUGGGCAUACCUGCUGCUACUGAUAGGAUGACUGCUGUGAAUAUCAUUUUCCACAUAUUAAGGUUGGCAAGAUUGAGUGCUGGAUGUCUAAAAUGUAGCUCCAGCUAGGAGAUGUAGAUGAGCAGUCUUUAUUUCCCUAGAGCAUUGGUGUGUUUGAUGCAAAUAACAUCUUGGAGAAGGCUUCUUAGUAAAACUUAGAAUUAGCCCUUGAUUAAUUUAAAAAACACAAUUUAGACUUUCACCUUCUAUGGCAGUGAGCAAGGACAUAAACUGAAGACUAUUUCAGGUUAGUUCUGAUUCUGCAUGAAUGCAAAGUAUGGAUUACUGCAACUCUGUAGAGCUCAUCUGGCCAAAAUAGUAGGCAGUUGUAGGGUGGGCAGGGAAAAUACCUAAAAGCUAAUUGAAAAAUUGUAUUUUGUUACUUGGGACAAAAAAAAAAAUCUUCAUAGUGAAGGAUCCUAGACUGUGGAAGUAAAUUUUCAAUUCUUUUGUAUAAAUGAAACCCCAGGCAAACAAUUUUUGUUACACAAAUUCAAUAUUCCAGUCUCAGUUCUAAACUAGGUAAUAUUAUGUGAUGAGUACAUUUCAGAUUUUUUCUUUUUUUAAUUUAAGGAUGCUUUUUUUUUUUUUUUUUUUUUUUCCUCUCUUCUUCUUUAAGUUUUGCUAAAGGUCUGUCCUUGGAUGUGAGAAGUGUGUUGUUGAGUGGUUUCCCACCUGUGCUUCUAUUAACAGCAGCACCAACCAUAAUUCUAAGUCAUGUUGGAACAAACAAUCUUUUGAAAGCAAAAUUUUAAUUUUAUAUCAGAGACCAAUAACUAAGUAGAGUUAGGAAAUGUUUUGUUUCCAACAGCAGUUUCAGUUUAUAAGGUAUCUACUGUUAAUUGAGCAUGUGUUGACUACUCUUAUGAACCGGUGCGCAGUAAUAAGGCCAGGUGUACCGUAUAGUGGGCUUAGACUUUUCAGAUUAGAACUUCAUCUUGCCUAAAACCAUGGAUAGGAAGGAAUCAGGGUGACUUCAAACACUAGUGGCUUAGAUGGUUCUUUUGCAUUAAUACUGAAUGAGAAGCUUUUUUUAAUGCACAAUUGAAAUUCAUGAUAUUUGUAACACUUCAUGGAAUCAUCCACAAUAACAAGUGUAAUGACAAAAACAUGAUUUUCUUUUUCCCCCAUCAUGUUUUCUGUAAGCUGUCUUUUGUCAGUAAAUGUUGAAUUGUUAGUGCAAAUAUCUUCUUUUCCUGAGAAAGAAGUACAGAUCAUUGAUUGUACCAUUUCCUUCAAAAUGAAGGGCAUUGCAUAGUAACUACAAAGAAAUAAAAGAUUUAUAGUAUCUUUUACAAA